AUGUGGUCCUCGAUCCCAGUCAUCUCCCUCAUGGCCCUCGCUGGCUCCGUUGUCGCACAGCAAGGCGACAUCCUCUACGGCCAACAGUGUUGCUACGACGGCUGGCAGCACUGUCAGGACCAAGGAUCGUGGGGCUGCAUUCAGAUCGACGGCGGUGGCCCGAACUGUGUCAAUCAGACGCCUAACUGCGAUUGGGCCUGUGUGUCGGGCUAUGCGUAUCAGAAGGAUCGGUCUACCGAUCCCCGUUGCAUCUGCCCCGGCUUCCAGGAUGCCAAUCAGCCACUGGGCUACUGCUAG